AAGAAAUACCGUUUCUGCGGUCCGGGAAUAUUUACAUUGGUUACUUCCGAUAUGGCAGGAUUAGAAAAAGCACCACCAAUUCCAGAUAAAGACGAGUUGGAUGAGGAGGGUCAGACUGUCAUUUCUGUGGACACGCCCUCUGGCAAAGAGGGGCCUGGGGCUGUGCCCUCAGUCCCUGAUGUUCCUGUCCAGUCCAGGGCAAAACCAAGGAAAGCACCUGACAUCCCGAUCUUUGAACGUCGUAACUGGCUGAUCCAUCUCCACUAUGUCCGCAAGGAGUACGAGCAGUGUAAGAACAUCAUUAAGGAGCAGCUGGCGGAGUCCGGGGGCAUGUGUGAAUAUGCUGUCUAUGUGCAAGCUUUGAUACUGCGUAUGGAGGGCAAGAUACAGGAGUCUUUGGAGUUGUUCCAGACCUGUGCUCUGCUCAACACGUCCAGCGGGGACAACCUCAAACAAGUGGCCCGAUCCCUGUUUCUGUUGGCGCGGCACAAGGCAGCCAUUGACGUCUACAAUGAGGCAGAGAAACUUAGUGUCAAUGAUUGGGAAAUUUGCCACAAUAAAGGAGUAUGUCACAUGUACUUGCGUGAAAUGGACAAGGCCAAGGAAUGUCUUCAGAAAGCCAUUGGUUUCAAGCGCCAUGAAAUCUCCUAUGUAAUGCUUGGCAAGAUUUUCCUGAUCAAAGGUGACAUAGCGGGGGCUAUUGAGAUCUACAAACAAGCUGUCGAAUUUUCUCCAGAGAAUCCCGACAUGCUGACUACAUUGGGGCUGCUGUACAUGCAGGUUGGUCAGUACCAGAAGGCGUUUGAAUGUCUCGGUAACGCCAUGACCUAUGACCCGAUGCACGUCAAGGCCAUCAUGGCAGCCGGGAGUAUGAUGCAAGGUCACGGUGACUUUGAUGUUGCCCUCACCAAGUACCGAAUUGCUGCAGUUGCAUCCCCUGAGAGUCCGCCGCUGUGGAACAACAUUGGGAUGUGCUUUUUUGGGAAAAAGAAAUAUGUGGCUGCUAUCAGCUGUUUGAAGCGCGCCAACUACCUGGCACCCUUCGACUGGAAGAUCCUCUACAACCUCGGUCUGGUUCAUCUCACCAUGCAACAGCACGCGUCAGCCUUCCACUUCCUGUCGGCCGCCAUCAACCUACGACCCAAAAUGGCGCAACUCUUCAUGCUUCUUGCAACUGCUCUGUCUCAUUUGGAUGACCCCGAGAACGCCAGACAGGCUUAUGAACAGGCACAGACUCUAGACCAAAAAGACCCGAUGAUUUCGCUGAACUAUGCCGUCUUCCUCUUCAACCAAACCGAUAAGAAAGCAGCGCAGAAACAGUUUUCAAACUUUGAGUCUAAGGUCAAAGCGUUAAAAGACAAAACUAGCCAAGCUUUCACGGACCCAGAGGUUCAAGAUAUAGCCAGCAAGCUGGCUGCAGCCUUACAAGUAGGAGAGAGCCUGGUUCUGAAAGCUGAAUCAGUUAAGAAAUCUCAGGACCAAACUCAAGUGAAGCGACCAAUCAGUGACGACUCCGGUCUUGCAGGACUCAAGGAGCCGGAACCAGACCGUUCUGAAAUAUUCACCCCAGGAUUGCGACCUGUGACGUCAACCAAUGUUGAUGCCGACAUCGCCCCCACUCCUGAUAUCCCGGAAACUCCUGCACCCAGAUUCCCGCCAAAUCGGGACGAAAUCUUGGAGACGCCGCUGCCGAAUUUAGACGGGGAUGACGAAGGUUACCAACCUCCCCCUACCCCGACAUUUCACCCCCCACCUGGCGAACCUAUUUUGCAGAAACGGGAAGGAGAUUUAUCGACGCUACCGACGCCGUUUGGUAAGAGCAUCCCUCCACUUCCGUUCAAGCUCGGCGGUGCGGGGAGACUCGCGCCAGUUCAAGCUCAAGGUCACUCCAUCCCUGACCUUGACAAUCUGCCGAGUCCCCCGGGCGACGACCUACCCCCCACAUACGAUGAAGUGGAAAUGGCCGACAAGUUGUCGGGGAAGAAGAAAAAGAAGAAAACGCAAGAAGCGAGAGCACAGUUGGAGCCACUGUAAACUGAUUUUUCGCAAAUGUAAACUUAUUUUUGCAUAUGUUAACUUAUUUUCGCAGAUGUUAACUUAUAUUCACAGCUUUUAUUUCCGUCCUUUCAGUGGAUUUCUUCUUUUUGAGUGUAUGGUGUGAUUCUCAAAAUGUUUCUUGUUCUAAUGGAGCUUUUAAAUCAGAAAGGUGUUUGGGUUCAGUGUUUGCGGAGAGGGUUACAUUACAGAACCAGAAAGGUGGCGGGAUAUACAGCAUUUCUGUCCCCUGAUGUGAUUUCAAAAUUACAUCCCUGGUUUUAGUGCUGCUACACAUUUUGUGAGUUGUGUGUCUUUAAAGUAUUUUUUCUAUACAAAGAACUUUGUUGGUAAUAUAUAUCUGAUUAAAGGGACAUAUUCAUGGUUUGGCAAAAUGACAAUUUCAAAAAAAAUACAUGGAUUUUGACAUAAAUUUAAUUACUAAAUAUAAACUAGCGAAAUCACACUUCUGAAUUAAAAAAUGUUUAAAAUAUAAAUUCUUAAAUGGAUAAUCAAUAACUGGAAUUAAAAAAAACUGUAAUGCUUUUCAUUACCAACAUAGUGUUAAACUAACUCAGGCCCUAAAAUGCAUGGGUGUUGUUGUGGUAGAGAGCUAUAUGUUGCUUUGAGAGGUCCCAGGAUCGAUCUCAAGGGAUGGCACUUGUUAAUUGUUGUACACUAUCCCAAAUGUAACAGUUUGUAGGUGAAUGAAUUUAAUAUCAUUGGUCAAAAAUACAAAAAUCUGUUUACAAGUCCAUUUAAAACAAUGACCUUGAUAUUUGAUUGUAUAAUUAUAUUAAUUGUAUGCUUAAUCAAUUAGUGUGUUUGUAUUUAUUGUAUGUAAAUUCUUCUAGAUUAAAUAUAUAGUUAAUUACUUGUAAUUAUUCACACAAAGUUUUUUUAAGGUUGCUUCAUUUUUAUAAAGUCAAAUAUAUCAACGAUUUUUGACGAUCUUGUUUGUAUUGUUUUGAACAGUGGAAGAGAUUUGUUUCUAGUGUAGUUGUUAUUUUUUCCAUAUAUUAGGUAGUAGAAUUACGUGAAAUAUAAUACGUCUUGUAACUUUUAUCUUAUUGUUCUUCAUCGUAUAGAGUUUAUAUUAGAUAUGGGUCGUGCUUUGUGGAAAAAGGGGUUUAAUGCACAGGCUAAUCAGGGACGACACUGUGCGCUUGUAUGAUAUUUUUCGUUCAAGAGUGUCUCUUCUUAGCAAAAAUCGAAUAAAGGCGGAAAAUUGGGUUCGGGGUUAGCCUGUGCAGAAUGUUCAGGCUAAUCAGGGACGACACUUUACACACAUGCAUUAAACCCCCUUGUCACAGGCUAAUCAGGGACGACACUUUACACACAUGCAUUAAACCCCCUUGUCACAGGCUAAUCAGGGACGACACCUUACACACAUGCAUUAAACCCCCUUGUCACAGGCUAAUCAGGGACGACACUUUACACACAUGCAUUAAACCCCCUUGUCACAGGCUAAUCAGGGACGACACCUUACACACAUGCAUUAAACCCCCUUGUCACAGGCUAAUCAGGGACGACACUUUACACACAUGCAUUAAACCCCCUUGUCACAGGCUAAUCUGGGACGACACUUUACACACAUGCAUUAAACCCCCUUGUCACAGGCUAAUCUGGGACGACACCUUUACACACAUGCAUUAAACCCCCUUGUCACAGGCUAAUCAGGGACGACACUUUACACACAUGCAUUAAACCCCCUUGUCACAGGCUAAUCAGGGACGACACCUUACACACAUGCAUUAAACCCCCUUGUCACAGGCUAAUCUGGGACGACACUUUACACACAUGCAUUAAACCCCCUUGUCACAGGCUAAUCAGGGACGACACCUUACACACAUGCAUUAAACCCCCUUGUCACAGGCUAAUCUGGGACGACACCUUACACACAUGCAUUAAACCCCCUUGUCACAGGCUAAUCAGGGACUACACCUUACACACAUGCAUUAAACCCCCUUGUCACAGGCUAAUCAGGGACGACACUUUACACACAUGCAUUAAACCCCCUUGUCACAGGCUAAUCUGGGACGACACCUUACACACAUGCAUUAAACCCCCUUGUCACAGGCUAAUCAGGGACUACACCUUACACACAUGCAUUAAAUCCCCUUGUCACAGGCUAAUCAGGGACGACACCUUACACACAUGCAUUAAACCCCCUUGUCACAGGCUAAUCAGGGACGACACCUUACACACAUGCAUUAAACCCCCUUGUCACAGGCUAAUCAGGGACGACACUUUACGCACAUGCAUUAAACCCCCUUGUCACAGGCUAAUCUGGGACGACACCUUACACACAUGCAUUAAACCCCCUUGUCACAGAGCAUGGUCCAUGUUUUUUUCCCACAUAAUAAGAGGUCCGCGCUUUGUCAUUUUGUGAAAUAGUGGAUUGAAAAAAAGAUGUUAUUUUUUAUCAAUAUUAUUUACUGUAUGAUAUAAAUUGUUGUCAAAUAAAUUAAAAACCGCCCUGCAUUUACAACGAACCGUUUGACUUCCUUAUAAUGCAGUAUAAUACAGUUUGUCUUCCUUAUAAUGCAGUAUACUCUUUAUUUAACGCCUAUGUUGACAUUUUGUUUUAAGUGAACAUCAAAAAAUGUAUUGUACUAUUCAAAGUAGGGAUGGGACCGACUAUUCGAAAAUCGGCUGAAUAUUCGAAUCCAAAGGUCAUAUUCGAAUAUUCUAUUUUUAUGCAAAGAUACAAAGACAAGACAUUAUAUAUAGAUUUUAUGUGUGGUAUUAUCAAUCAUUUCUUAUGCUUUAUUUUCUUAAUGCGCAAAAUCUUAUUUCACUACACUUGAUUUGUGUAUGUGGACUUUACUGUAUCGUGUAUUGUUAAAGAUAAUUAAGUAUUUGUUCACUUAGACCUAAUUUUGGCUAAUUAUAUGAAAGGUGUGUAAUAAAUUAAUUCAUGUGAAAUUG